GCACUACUACUUCUUCUGGCUUUGCUUUGAAUCUUAAGCCAUUAACUACAACUGGUGCCAUUGGAGCUGUGACUUCUACAGCUGCCAUCACCACCACCACAGCAACCAGCGCACCUCCAGUGAUGACUUAUGCCCAGCUGGAAAGUUUGAUCAACAAGUGGAGUCUGGAACUGGAAGACCAAGAGAAACACUUUCUCCAUCAAGCUACGCAAGUUAAUGCCUGGGAUCGGACGCUGAUAGAGAAUGGAGAGAAGAUUACUUCAUUACACAGAGAAGUAGAGAAAGUGAAGCUUGAUCAGAAGAGGCUGGAUCAGGAACUAGACUUCAUUCUGUCACAGCAGAAGGAGCUUGAAGACUUGUUGACCCCCCUGGAGGAGUCUGUGAAGGAACAGAGCGGGACUAUCUACUUACAGCAUGCAGAUGAAGAACGGGAGAGGAC